UGGUUCUUACGGUUCAUGUACAAGCUUGUUUUUCACCCGAACAAGUUAAAGGCGAAGAAAAUCAAGAUAUGGAACAGGAACAACAUUUUCCCAAAACAAGAGGGAAAAGAAUAAAAACUGUUGCUUCAAAAAAGAAAAGUGUUGAAGUAGCUGCUACUACGAGAGUAGAAGAUAAUGAGCAAGAUAAAGGAGAAGAAAAUCAUGAAGAGGAACAACCUUUGCCGAAAACAAAUGGGAAAACAAAAAAAACUGUUGCUUCAAAAAAGAAAAACGUAGAAGUAGUCACUACUGCAAGAGAAGAAGAUAAUGAGCAAGAUAAAGGAGAAGAAAAUCAUGAAAUGGAAGAGGAACAACCUUUGCCAAAAACAAAAGGGAAAAGAAUAAAAACUAUUGCUUCAAAAAAGAAAAAGCAAGUUGUUCAAUAAAAAUAGUUCAAGUAGUUGCUGCUGCAAGAGGAGAAUACAAUAAGGACCAUGAAGAGAAUGUGCCAGAAGUGAACGUAAAUGUGGGAAUGGAAGAAGAACCUCCAUUACCAAUAACUAAACGAGAAAGAGUACAAAUUGUUUCUUCUACAACAAUUCCAAAAAAGAAGUAAGUUAUAGACGUAGAUGCUUUUGCAUAAAAUUUUGAUACUUCAAUGUGAUGCUUUCUACAUAAAAUUGUGAUACUUCAAUGUGAUGCUUUGUUUAUACAAUUUUGAUGGGUUACAGGAGAGAAGGUCAACUUCAUAUGCUCUCAUCUCCUUCUCAAAUCGUUUGUUUGUGUGAUAAAUUGAAUGAUAAACAAAGGAGAGUUGUGAAAGAAAUUGGUUUUGAAGGAUUGCUUCUGUUGAGAAUUAAGAUGUCUUAUCAUGGUAUGGCUAAGUACUUUAUCAACCAAUAUGAUGUCAGUACUUCAGUUUUCAUAGUCAAUCAAAACUGCAAGUACACUAUAACUGAGUAUGAUGUCUGCGAUAUUUUUGGCUUGCCGUUAACUGUUAAUGAUGUUAUUAAAUGAACUAAUUCAAGUGAAGAUAUAUCUGAGUAUGAUUUAUUUGAGGCAUGGCUACAAAACUAGAUUGUGUUGGGGCUAAAGAUAUAUCUGCUGAACAACUACUUUCCAAAAUGUUGUUGGAGUUAAUUGAUGGAUGCGAUGAUUUGAAAAGGUUCUUUGUCAUGUAUGCUUUGAUUACAUUUUUGGCUCCCAAUACGAACUGAAUUGUUGAUCUUAGUAUGCUUAAACCAUUGGUUGAUGUUAAUGAGAUAAAAAGUCUUAACUGGUGUGGUUUAGUGUUUGAUAGGUUUAGAAGUGGCUUGGAGAGAUGCCAAACAAAAAUUUUGAAAAAUAUUCCUUCAUGUCUAGCUAUAUUAGAAAUUUGCUUUUACCAUCGAGUUAGCUCUCUAGGUAUUUUCCAUCAUCAAGGUUGCCCUUAAUCAAACAUUGGACUUAUGAGACUUUGAAAAAAAGGGCACAACUUGAGUUGAAGGCUAGAUCCUUUGGAUUGGAUGAUUUCAAUAAAGACACAUACCCAAUUUCAAAGAAAUUAAGAAAGAAAUUGCAUGAUGAUGAGGUGGAGCUAGAUGAUAAUGGAAUGUAUCUCAGAAUUCCUAUUCCCGAUGGCUUGUUGGCAUUUUCUGAACAAAUUCAUGAUACAACUGAUGAUGAGCUUAUGGAGGAAGUUAGCAAGGUGAAGAGGAACAUGAAAAUUGUUACUCAACAUCAUCUUUCAAAACUGUUGAAGUUAAAGGCAAAAGGCAAUCAUGCACAAGAUGUCGGACAAUCAUCAAACUCUCCAACACUAUCACAAUGAUAUUCAGACCCAAAAGUGAUGGAGGAGAUUGAUGAGAUUAUGGACAGGAUAAGAGUGGUUAAAAAACGAACAGCCGACAUCGACUUACCAAGGUUUGACCUGGGAAUAUCAGAUCUUGAGAAAACACCUUCACCAGCACCGAAGUUGACUGCCAAGAAGAGAGGAAAAAAGAAAAUUUGAGUUUGUUUUGAUUCCAUGUGUGAUGCUUUCAACAUAGAACCUUUAUGCUUUCAACACAAAACUGUGAUGAUUCAACAAAACAUUGUUAUAAAACUGUGAUGUUUUGUUUGUAUGAUGCUUUCUACUUCAA